GGGAAGAAAGGAGAGGGGGAGGAAGGAGGAGUCUUAAGCUGAGCUCAGGAGAGUCAAUAACUCUGUGAGUCUAUAUAAGGCAGCUGGAGUGGAGGUAAUUGAUGCUUUUGCUUUACAGAUUUGAGAAUUCCUGCCUUCCCUGGUGAUGGCAUCUUGUUCUAGGCAAACAACACAACCUAUAGAUUUGAGGUGUCCUGGGAGAGCUGCAACUUCUAACAGCUGGGGGAGAAAGAGUGCUGUCUGGGAACAGAAGUAAGGACUGAAGGAACAAGACUGCAAAUUCACUGGAAAGGAGAGAGUCACUUCCCCUCACAAUGAACUCUUCUUUUUUUCUGCACACGCUGGAUGUCAACUUCAGCUCUUUGAGGGGCAAUAUGUCUGGACCCAUGAUCAAGAGCAAAUCUUCACCCUGUGAGCAAGUGGGUAUAGCUGUAGAGGUGUUCCUGACUCUUGGUAUCAUCAGCCUCUUGGAGAAUAUUUUAGUCAUCGGAGCCAUAGUUAAGAACAAGAACUUGCACUCACCCAUGUAUUUCUUUGUAUGCAAUUUGGCUGUUGCAGACAUGCUAGUGAGUGUGUCCAAUGCUUGGGAGACCAUCACAAUAUACUUAAUAAACAAUAAGCAUCUGGUGAUGGAAGAUGCUUUUGUGCGCCACAUAGACAAUGUGUUUGAUUCAAUGAUCUGCAUCUCUGUAGUGGCCUCCAUGUGCAGCCUGUUGGCCAUUGCAGUGGACAGGUAUGUUACCAUUUUCUAUGCCCUGCGCUACCACAACAUCAUGACGGUGAAGCGAUCGGGGCUCAUCAUUGCAUGCAUCUGGGCCUUUUGCACCGGCUGUGGGAUCAUCUUCAUUCUGUACUAUGAGUCUACUUAUGUCAUCAUUUGUCUCAUUACCAUGUUUUUCACCAUGCUAUUCCUUAUGGUAUCUCUAUAUAUUCACAUGUUUCUCCUGGCUAGGACUCAUGUGAAACAGAUUGCAGCCCUGUCUGGCUAUAGUUCAGUCCGGCAGAGGAUCAGCAUGAAAGGGGCCAUCACCCUGACAAUGUUACUUGGAGUUUUCAUUGUUUGCUGGGCUCCAUUUUUCCUCCACCUCAUCUUAAUGAUUUCUUGUCCCCAGAACCUUUACUGUAUUUGCUUCAUGUCCCAUUUCAACAUGUACCUCAUCCUCAUUAUGUGUAACUCUGUGAUUGACCCUCUGAUCUAUGCCUUCCGCAGUCAGGAGAUGAGGAAGACCUUCAAAGAGAUUAUUUGUUGCUAUGGACUAAGAAUGACCUGUGGAUUCCCUAUCAAGUAUUAAAAAUAUAUUAUUUUUAUUCUAUUUGUUUCUCUCUCAUUUUUGAACAAAGACAUAAUUUUUGCAGAGGGAUAUGUAGUUUUGUAGGCAGGCAAGCUACAAGUCCAGCCACAUAAUAGCCUUUUAUUUAUGGUCUCUUCCAAAAUCAGAUGCACAUGUAAGGUUUUUCCUCUGUUUUAUUUAGAAUGUUAUUCAACCUUCAAUUAUUCACCUGUGAUAAUCCAUUUGGGAUAUCGUCUACUUCAAAUUUCCAGAUUCCAGGCUACUUCCUUCCCUUUGCUCCCUCUCUCUGUCUAUGACAUUUCCCCAGAUUCCUGUUAGUGUUGCUAGCUUAGAGAAUGAAAACUAACCUUUGCAUCAAGAAAUUAAAUUGACUUCCUUGUAAAAUAAAGAAAUCAAUCAUGCAAUACAUUCUUAGUCCAAAUCCAAAUGAUUAUAAGAAAAGUUUUGUUUGUAAACCAAUAGGCUUCUGUUUCUCCCUCUCCCUCCAAUUAAUGUAGAUCAUUGAGAGCUGACUACAUUUUUCACAAAGUGGUGUAUUUUGGUACCUUAUGUAUUUUUUCUCUUUUAGAAAUAAUUCCAUGACUGUUUAAUGCUCUUUAGAAUUAGACCCACUUUCUAAGAGGGAUAAUCUGGUCCAAUUUUGCCUUGUUGAGAUUUAUUGUCAACUUUGAAAAAAGUUUUUUUUUUCCCUCCAUACCCCCAGUUUUGUGAUUUUAGGUGU